AUGCAUGGGAAGACGCUGCCCUUUUUACUUUACUUGGCGACCUCCAACCCCAAUGUUAUCGUAGCUGAGUUCAGCUUGAUCUCCCCUAGGCACUACCUGGGAACCAUCUACAUUCGGAUACUGAAGUUGACCAUUCUUCCUAUGAUGGGAAGGUCAGUGAGAUUGCGCUCGGCUUCAUUCUCGUCUUCAACCUUCUGGGUGCGCUUGUUGGAGCUGCUUACUCUUACAUCAUCAAUCCAGGUAUAUUUCCCCCACAAUGUCCGUCUUGACUUUUGGACAGUCAAUAAUGGCGAAGGCUAG